AUGGUGUUACCACAUGAGGACCUAAAUGCCGCUGACAUGUUAGAUGUCUUGUGGUCCACCAGGUUGAUGGACCAUCGCCAAUUCUCUUGCCUCAUAGUAUGCAUUCUCUCGCAUGGUACACUGGGUAAAGUCUGUGGAUGUGAUGGUGUUACAAUUACGCUGCAGGAGCUCGCUAAGCCCUUCACUCCUAAAUAUUGUAAAGGUCUGGUUGGAAAACCAAAGAUGUUCUUCAUUCAAGCUUGUCAAGGGGAGCAGUCACAACAAGGAAUUGCACAGCCGAGUAGUACCCCACAAAGAGACGCCAUACCUUUCCAGUAUUCCUCGGCUCCAAUACAGCAUAGUCUGCAGAGCAGCGAUGAAUCAUUACCAUCGAUUCCUAAUGAAGCAGAUUUCCUAUAUGGUUUUUGCACCGUGCCUGGGUAUGAGGCAUACCGUGAUCCGGAUCCAUCAAGGGGAUCCUGGUACAUCAGUAAGCUCGUUGAAAGCCUGGAGAAAUACGCUUCAACCAAACAUCUCCUGGAUAUAUUGAUCCUCGUCAACAAGGGUGUCGCUGAAAAAGGUGAUGAAAACUACAAACAGAUGCCGGCUCCGCAGUUUACUUUGCGGAAAAAAGUAUUAUUCAACUAG